AGGUCGGUCUUAUUUGGAGAUCGAUGCUUGCCUGCUUGGUGAUUGCUAAUUGUCACUGAGGAGGAAUCAUUAUAGAUUCUAAAAAUAUUUUUUUUCUCUUCUCUGUGGACUUAACAUAAAAAUUAAUUUUGUUUCUGUUUGGAUUUAUUUUCUGAAAGUCAGCACCAUAAACCCAUAUCAGUCAGGUACAAAAAAUUGGGGUAGUUAAGCCAUGAGUUGUGGAAACGAGUUCGUGGAAACAUUAAAAAAAAUUGGUUAUCCCAAAGCUGAUACUCUUAAUGGAGAAGAUUUUGACUGGUUGUUUGAGGCCACUGAAGAUGAGUCAUUUUUGAAGUGGUUUUGUGGGAAUGUGAAUGAACAGAACGUAUUGUCCGGAAAAGAAUUGGAAGCUUUUAGCAUCCUUCAAAAAUCAGGCAAGCCCAUCCUAGAAGGAGCAGCAUUGGACGAAGCUCUUAAAACCUGUAAAACUUCUGAUUUGACUACACCUAGACUGGAUGACAAAGAGCUAGAGAAAUUAGAGGAUGAAGUUCAAACUCUGCAGAAAUUAAAGAACCUAAAAAUUCAGCGACGUAAUAAAUGCCAGUUGAUGGCUUCAGUAACUAGCCACAAAUCUCUGAGAUUAAAUGCUAAAGAAGAAGAAGCCACUAAAAAGCUGAAGCAUAGUCAAGGAAUUCUGAAUGUUAUGAAUACUAAGAUCAAUAAUGAACUUCAGGGUCUUACUGAUGGAAUUACAAAAUUGAUGAUGUUCUUCAAACAUUCUAAUUUAGGUCAAGGGACAAAUCCACUGGUGUUUUUAUCUCAUUUUUCCUUGGAAAAAUAUCUAAGCCAGGAAGAGCAAAGCACAGCAGCAUUAACCUUAUAUACCAAAAAACAGUUCUUUCAAGGUAUACAAGAAGUAGUAGAAAGUUCAAAUGAAGAAAAUUUUCAGCUUUUAGAUAUUCAGACACCAUCUAUUUGUGAUAAUCAAGAAAUCUUUGAGGAGAGACAACUAGAAAUGGCUAGGCUGCAGCUAGCAUAUAUUUGUGCUCAACACCAGUUAAUUCAUUUGAAAGCAAGUAAUUUGAGCUUGAAAUCAAGUGUAAAAUGGGCAGAGGAGAAUCUUCACAGCCUAACCAGCAAGGCUGUUGGCAAAGAAAAUUUGGAUGCUAAAAUUUCUAGCUUGAACAGUGAGAUUCUGAAACUUGAAGAACAAAUCAUUCAUAUAAAAGACAAAAGUUUGCCUGCUGUGGUAAGAGAGAAUGCCCAAUUAUUGAAUAUGCCAGUUGUAAAGGGAGAUUUUGAUUUGCAGAUUGCUAAACAAGAUUAUUAUACAGCAAGACAAGAGUUAGUUUUAAAUCAGUUGAUAAAGCAAAAGGCGUCAUUUGAACUUCUACAGUUAUCAUAUGAAAUUGAAUUGAGAAAGCAUUGGGACGUAUAUCGUCAGCUUGAAAAUUUGGUUCAAGAACUUGGUCAAAGGAACAAGAUGCUCUACCAGAGAUUGGAAAUGUUAGCAGAUCCGUCAGUGUCUAAGCAGAUAAAUUCAAGGAAUACCAUUGAUACCAAGGACCAUUCUACUCAUAGACUUUAUCAACUUCUAGAGGGAGAGAAUAAGAAAAAAGAAUUGUUUAUAACCCAUGGAAACCUACAGAAAAUGGCUGAGAAAUUGAAACAGGAUGUUUCCUUAGUACAAGAUCAAUUGGCAAAGUCUGCUCAAGAACAUUCUUUCUUUCUGUCCAAACUGAAUAAUGAGGUGGACAUGCUUUGUGAUGCUUUGUAUCAAGGAGGAAAUCAGCUUUUGCUUAGUGAUCAGGUGUUAGUGGAGCAGUUUCAUCAAGUUGAAUCUCAGCUGAAUAAGCUAAAUCAUCUCCUUUCUGAUAUUCUUGCUGAUGUGAAAACAAAAAGAAAAAUUUUGGCAACUAAUAAAUUGCAUCAAAUGGAAAGAGAAUUAUAUGUAUAUUUUUUUAAAGAUGAAGAUUAUCUGAAAGAUAUCGUGGAGAAUUUAGAAAACCGAUCAAAGAUUAAUGCUGUUCAAGAUUGAAAAUUACUAAAAGCCAAAUCUUUACUAUACCUGCAGUGUUUUAAUAUUUUACAAGUUAGGAGAACAUAUCUAAUAAACACUACUAAAUUUUAAAAUUUGAG